AGCCACCUCCUGCCUGUGCACAGCCAGCAGCUGGCCAUGCUGGGGACACCGGGGACAGCAGGACGGGGCUGCUGGACCCAGGGUGGCCGGGCAGGGAUGGCCACCAGGAGCCACCAGGAGCCACCGGGGGACAGGGGGGCACCCAAGGGUCCAACAUUCGUGGAACCAACUCCCUGAGCAGAGAACCAAACACAGAAAGAGACAACGGGGCUUUGCCAGCGAUUCCAUUAAUUCCAAGCUGGAUUGGGAAGGCCUGGCAGUGCUUGGGAGGCUGUGGAAAGCCGUUGUGGCUGGAGCUGGAGCAUCCUCAAAACUCCUCCUGACCUCUGGGCAGCAGUGGGAGCACGGAUCUGCCCCGGCAGAUUCCCCCUGGAUGUGCCGAUGGAGCUGCCUCCUCUCUGCUGUUCCAGCUCUCCCAAGUUCCCCUGGAGAAAGAAACCAAGAUGCUCCAUAAACAAAGGAUCCCUGCCCAGGACUCGUGAUGGAGCACCGUGGGUGAGGGAGGAUCCCACCAAAGCUCCUUUGACAUGGAGAGCCCCAAGCACCCAUCAGCUUCCCCAGAGGGUGCAGCACAGCCCGAGGCAGCUCCAGUUCCACCAGCAGCCCCAGCAUAUCCCUAAGGAAACAGAGGGGAUGGGCCAGUGAUCCCAGUUGUUCUCUUGGAGCCAUUCUUGUUGAACUGGGAUCCCCACUGAAGGACGAGCCAUGCAGUAGGAGCCAGCACAUCCCACGGAAGAGCAGGACCCAGGGCUGCAGGAGGGACGGGACAUGUGGAGCCUCAGCUGCCUCCUCUGGGGACUCCUCCUCAUCCUCAGCACCACCAGCACCGAGGGCUUUGCCCAGGCAGGGCGCAGGGUGUGCUCAGCCGCGGGGACAGCGAGCCGCCUGAGCGCCCACGCCGAGUCCCACGUGCAGCCCGUGUACCAGCCCUACCUCACCACCUGCCAGGGCCAGCGCCUCUGCAGCACCUACAGGACCAUCUACAGGGUUGCCUACAGACAGAGGUACAGGCAGGUGCCCCAGCCCAUGGCCUCGUGCUGUCCUGGAUGGAGCAGGGCAAACGGCCACACGCUGGGCUGUAACAGAGCUGUGUGCUGGGAGCCGUGCCAGAAUGGAGGGAGCUGUGCCUUCCCUGGGAGAUGCUCCUGCCCCCCCGGCUGGACGGGGCGAGCCUGCCAGACAGAUGUGGAUGAAUGUGCCAGCCAGAGCCACGGGUGCAGCCAGCUCUGCAUCAACACAGCCGGGAGCUUCCACUGCGCCUGCCGGGACGGCUUCAGCCUGGCUGCUGAUGCCAAGGGCUGCCAGCCCCUGGUGCCAGCCCCUGGGACAGACACCUCCAGCCAAGCAGGUGCCUCCAGUGAAAUGAAGGAAGAAAUGAAGGACCUGAGGAGCAGAGUGGAAGCGCUGGAGCAGAAGCUCCAGCUAGUGCUGGCCCCCUUCCACAACCUGAUGCCGCCAGAGGAUGUCGGUGCAGACCCCAUCAGCCGCCUGUCCCACUCCCUCCAGCAGCUGGACAGGAUUGACUCCCUGAGCGAGCAGAUCUCUUUCCUGGAGGAGAGGCUGGAGACCUGUUCCUGCAAGAAUGAACUCUAGCAGAGUGCCUGGGGACCUGGAGCAAGCUGAGUGCAUCCACAGCUCUGAUCUCUUAUGCCAGACUGGGGAUGAAGCCACACCAUCACAGGAAGGCACAGGGUGGCAGGAGAAGGCAGGAGAAGGCUGGGCUCCCAUCAGCAUCUCCAUCAUUCUCUCUUCCAGCUCACCCCACCAAAGGCCAUGCAGUUCCUUCCAAACUGGACUCUGAGCCCUCUCCCUGCUGGAGAGGCAGCAAAUAAAUGCCUUACCUCGUGCCA